AUGGAGACAGAGGCAGACAAGACGGUGUCACUCAAUAAGAAAUGGGAGGGCCUCACCGAUGGCGCCAAGAAAACAAUCUGCGACUCUUUGGCUAAGUAUAACGGCCCUGAUGUCAGCGCAUACUUUGUGAACCAGAUUAACUGGGAGCAUGCAAAGACGCUCGCCAUGGAGCCCAUGAUGCAGGUGGCAUCGACUGAGAAGCGCAAGCGGGAUGACAGCGACGGUCUCGAGCUGCCAUGCACUGUGGGCAAGAAAGCCAGACUCGAAGAGACCACGGCUUCAUCGCAAUCUGCAGGCGUUAGCCUCUUCUCUCCAAGUUAUCUCUUUGCAUGGCCUAAGUUUCGACAGUCGCCAAUCACCUUCGGUCAGCCUACCCUCUCUUCCGCGACUGCUGGGAGCCCACCAACUGUCACGCCGCCACCACUCGCUACACCAGCCGAUGCGAGACAUAUCACGCCAUUCACCGACCAUGCUCUGGACAAAACCCCAACUCGGAGUAUCUUUUCCCCAUCGCGGGCAGCCAAAGCCAAGAAGGCAGUCCGACCAGAGCCAGAGUGUGAUGAGCAGUUCACCUUUGCCGACCGCAGAUCUCGUAGCCCGCAGCCCUACGCUGGACCAGGCAGUACCCAGCGGCACAAUCCAGAAGCUCGCAGCACACUUUUCGGCCAAGCGUCAUCAGCAUCCUUUACCGCCGCCACACAGGGUACGCAAAUUUCGGCAACCGUGCCUACCGCUUCCAAGGCCCCAUCCCUGGGAGUCGACAUGUCGUCUUUGAAGAUCCCGGCCAACUCUAAUGCGCUGUCAUUGCUGCCAACAAUGAGAAGCUUCGGGGCCAAAGCCUUCGGAGCCGAGCAAACGGAGUUUGGGACUGUUGCCGAAGAGGACCACAAAGUCGAGGUUGCUACCCUUGCAACCAUUACGCUGGAUGAGUGA